CCCUGGAGGUUCUUUUCUGGGUGAUUUCUUGCUUAAUUCUAAUCAUGUUGCCUAUCUUCAGUCUAAAAAUCCUUCAUUUCUACGUCUGUUUUUGUUAAUCCGUGCGUAUUUGUUCUUUGAUGAAUGACUUUGGUGGUGUUUCAGUCACUGAAAAAAUCGAAAGACAGAAUGUUUCAUAGUCAGUUGUGGCUGCUGUCAUUAAUUACCCUCUUGCCGGCUGUAGCUCUGCAUGCCUCACAAACUUUAAAGAUAGGUGAUCGCUCAUUAAAAACUGCCAUCUUCCACUCCCCUCCAAUUAUUUUAAGACCAGGCUCUGUGGCAAACAAGAUCUAUUUCAAUAUCCCAUUCCCAAAAGGUCACAUUGCUCUGAAGAGUUUUGAUGCUGAAGUGGUUGAUGAGAAUGGCAUCUCAGUCCCCCUUCAUGAGACUUACCUUCAUCAUUGGGUUGUGGAAAGAUUUUACAGUGACAAGGAACACAAAAUUCCUGGUGAGCUCAGUUCUGUGGAUGUUAAUCUUAAAAAGUUUAUUUUGGCUAGAAAUGCUGGAAUUUGCAAACGAACGCUAGGACAAUACUUUGGCCUCGGCUCAGAGACACGUAGAACCUCCACAUGGGUUCCUGACCCUUACGGUAUAGAAGUGGGAAACCUUAAAGACAUUCCCAAAGGAUACAAGGAGAUGUGGCUGCUGAAUGUCCAUGCCAUCGACACAAGAGGUGUGGAGGACCGGGUGGGGUGCACAGAAUGCAGGUGCAAUCUAUACAAUGUGACUAAGGAUGAACACGGUCGGCCUCUGAGAAAAGAUUAUACUGGAGGUUUGUAUUGUUGCUACGAUGAGACACAAUGUCGAGUUCGGGAAGGCUUUGGAGGUAUAAUUAGGAAGCUCUAUCUAAAGUACACAGUGACAUGGGUUGACUGGCAUGAUAGCAUUAUACCUGUCAAGAUCUAUAUUUUCGAUGUCACUGAUACAGGGGAGGUUAUGGAUGGUCCCUAUGAAGGAAUUGCUGCCAAUUUGAGUUGCAAGGUAGAAUAUGAAGUCAAGGCAUGUGGUCUGGAAGGAAAGGCUAAUGGUAAGUGUCUUGAUACUAAGAAGGCGAGAUUGGUCAUUCCUAAUGGAGGUGACAUUAUCUAUGGUGUUGCCCAUCAGCACUCAGGAGGAGUAGGAUCUUCUCUAUAUGGUCAGGAUGGACGGGUCUUGUGCACUUCCAUUCCAGUUUAUGGAGAUGGGAGAGAAGCCGGGAAUGAGGCUGGUUACAUUAUUGGGAUGUCCACCUGCUAUCCUGAGGCAGGCUCUGUCAGGGUUGCAGAUGGCGAGGUUCUAACUCUGGAAUCCAAUUACAGCAGAACCCAAAUGCAUACUGGAGUUAUGGGGCUCUUCUAUAUAUUAGUAGCUGAACCACAACCACAGCCAAAGACCUUGCAUGACCAUAGCUUUCCAAUCUCACGGGGUUUUGAGUUGUUGAAGUAUACUUGGGCAUGCGUUCUUGCUGGUGCGAUUUUAGCUGUCAUCAUCGGGGUCAGUUAUUGUUGGGUCAGUUAUUGUCGAAAACACGAUGGAGAUGAAGGUUAUCAAACCUUGGUGAACAAUUAGGACUGCAUCCAUUACCCAAUAAAAAAGAGAAGAAAAACAGGACUAUACCGUAUUGUACCUAUCUCAGCCUUGUAGCAGUCUUCUCUCCUUCAUCUGAAUGUCCAGUGGCUUUUGAAUUUGGUGGUG